GAGCCUUGGUGCGCAUGCGCAUGCAACGUUACAGCUCAACGGUGGUUGUUUUCAUGAACGUAUCUAUGUGCAACAGUAGGUACGCGUAAGGGCCCCUUCCCAGUCGUUUCCCGCGUUUUUCGUUAAGGUCGCAUAAUGUUAUAUAAUAUAUCGAAUUUUAGUGUAAUAUUAAUGUAUUACAGUGACAGAAACCAGGAGAUAGAUUACCAGCAACCUAAUUCGAGUGAAUUGGCGGAUAAGAAAAGAAGUAAUAAAGAGAAAAUAUUCUUAUUAUCCCUACUGUAUUUCGAUUGUCACGGGGUUCUAACGAUACCCCAUAUUUGAGUGUAGUAUAUAUGUUACUGAGGAUUAGGUAGUGCGCAUGCGUGAGAAAAAUUCACGUCCUGGCACCACUGGUUAACGGUCUCGUUUUUCAUUCGAGUUAUCAUUAUAUCGCGAAUCUUAUUUCAUUCCGUCUUAUAAAUGUUGAAGAAAAACUAGUUUGAGUUUAAUUAAUUUGGAAGUUGAUCUUCUUAAAAUCGAUCGAUACAACAUUCUUAUAGGACUUCUCGAAACGAACGAAAAUCGUUCGUACACUGAACGAUUCAAAUUGUACAUUUCGAAAAAAUGUCACAGAAUAUUCAAUUAUUGUUAAAUGAUUUUUUAAUGGAAACAAAUCAAGAUAACUUAUACGGUACCACGCUAAUCUCAUUUGAGUGUGAAAAUGUGAACGUUGAAGAUUCCAUACCAGAGCAAAUAAUUUGUUAACAGAUCGUAUUAUCGAAUAGAGGUGGUCCAAAAUUGAUUUACGAUAAUUACAUCUACACACUGCACAAAAAGCACUCUGAACACAUCCGUUGGAGAUGUGUCGGUAGAAUAACCAAUUGCAAAGGAAUUCUCUUAACAACAACAGAUUAUACGAAGCCGAAAGUAUGUGUACCGCACAAUCAUGAACCGUCUGUUGCAGCUGUUCAACUAGCGAGGGAACGUUAUUUGGAAAUUGACAAAACAUACGCGUUGAAGAAAGUGCAAUCCGAAGGAAAAAAAAAUAUUCAUCAGUCAUUCGUUGAAAUGGAACGGUGGAGGAAACUUAAUGCUAAAAAAAAAAAUAUAAAUGCAAUACUUCAUUGCAUUUUAGUUGAAAAGAAUGCAGAAAGACGCAACUCCGGCCAUAGCAGAGAACCGAGAUAGUGCAAAAGUUUAAACGUUGACAAAAGGGAAGUAGAAGAAUAAAAAAAGUAGUAAAAGAAAUACUACUGAUAACCCAAGCGUUGAAUAAGAAUAAUUCAAGACGGCGAAUACCGGUGCAACUACGACAGGUCGGCUUGUAUUGGUGACCGGUAACGCGGACACCACCAAGCUGACUUCGCACAGAAUCAUCCAAGAACAAAAAUUGAGUGCUCGAGGGAGUGGCGAUAGUUGUGGUGCUAACACAAGUUCAAACGACGAGAUCGUUGAGUCAGUCAAAAAACUUGAAGGAAUAGCGAUGAAGCAGGAACCGGAAGAUGAGGAGGACUGUUAUCUCGAGGACAAUGGAAUGCCUGUUGUGUCGCCGACUUCCUCUCCACCCUCUGCUGCUAGUAGGCACACCAAUACGACCCACAGGGUGAGAUCCCACGCGCGCAGUCUCCGAGCGAUGGCCAAUCCCAGCGCAGUUUGGGCUCACUUUGACCUAUGUGCGAAUGACCCAUUGCGUGCUCAGUGCCGUAUAUGUGGUGCCGUUGUUGUCAGGGGUGGCGCAAAUCCUCGACAAUGCGGAACCACCAACCUCCAUCGGCAUCUCAGGGUACACCAUGGUGGCAGACUCAUCGGCAGAAGUUAUCACGUUUUACAGUCCAAUACGCCUGUCUCACAAUCUAAUGCAACUACCACUAAAACCAUUAGAAUAGCACAGUCAUUCAUGAGGCCACAUAUAAGAAAUAUUGCGCCAGCACCCUCUCCUCAGCAACAACAGCAGCAACGACAGCCAAAGACUCUUGUAUUAAAAACGAUACCAUUAAAAGUGAAGCAGGUUGCACCAACGACGAUUAAGAUGCCACCGAGACAGGCUUCACAAGGCGUGCCACAAAAUAUCGUACAUCAACAACCUACGGAGGUGUGUCUAAGGUGGAAUAGUUACCAUAGUAACAUGCAGAAUAGUUUUCCAUCCCUUCUGGAUUCGGAACAGUUUGUUGAUGUAACCCUAGCUUGCGAAGGACGAUCUCUGAAAUGUCAUAAGAUGAUUUUAUCUUCGUGUAGCGAUUAUCUGGCAGAUUUGUUGCGAGAAAAUCCUUGUCAGCAUCCCAUAAUCUUAAUGAAAGAUCUGAAAUUUUGGGAAGUUGAAGCAUUAGUUAAGUUCAUGUAUCGCGGUGAAGUCAAUGUUGCUCAUGACAAAUUACCUCAAUUAUUAAAUGCAGCUGAGGCAUUACAGGUUAAAGGAUUAGCUGGUCCGAGUCCUUCCUCACAGAACUCGAAACCACCGAUGCUUAUACCUCAAUCAAAAACGUUAAUAUCUCAACCAGUAGUGCCACAUAUCGUAAACGAAACCAAAGAUAAGCCUUCUACUUCUGGCGUUCCUACCCUUUCUAGUCCUAAACGCGCGCAAAAAAGACAACAAACGGAACCUCCUGAGCCACGACCUUUCACAAAAAUUCGCUUACAAAGACCAAUUACACCAGCAUCUCCUCCCACAACAGUCAAAACUGAACCCUUGGAUAUACCUCUAAGUCCCACCGAAAUAUUUCCCGAAAGUAAUGAAGAUAACUCAAAUCCUGUGAAAUUUGAAAAGCUUAUCAGUUUUCACGAAGAAGAUGAUCCAGGUGGUGAUGAUCUCAAUGAUGAGACCAGAGAAAUUAAUUUUUGUGAAAUACCUGGCCCACCGGAUUUGAAUGAUUGCGAAGAUCAGAUGGAAUUCGUACCUACAGACUUUCUAGAACAAGAACAAGAUAUCGUUGAAGAAUUGGAACCAGGUUGUAAUAAAGAUGGUAAAGAUGAUUUGACUGAUCACAGCUCUAUUGAUAUUGGAGAAGGUGAUGAUGAGCGAGAUGGAGAAGAAGAUGAAGAACCAUGCUCGAAGGAGGACAACAAAACAGAGUAAAACGAUUUUACUUGCAAUUGUUAAAAUGCAACUAAAUGGUAAUUCAAACCAAAACGACAAAACAAAUACGUUCGAACAA